GCCUUGCAUAACAUACGCUGUAGCUCUCACACAGAGGGCUAGUGAAACAGCGCAGACAAGGGGACUUCCUUUACCCUCGGCCCUCCAAACCAUUGUCGAAGGAAGUGGAAGAGAGUACAGGCAGGGGAAACACAGGACAUGGAAUAAAAUAUAAAUCAAAGGAUUGCGUGUGUGACCUGAUAGCAGAGCUGGACAAAGGACAGCUUGCCAGUGGGUAGAGUGAGAUACACUCAUGCAGAGAGAGAGAGUUGUUAAAGGCUCCCCUAUAAAGCAAGGUAAGGACCAUUAACAGUCAGUGAGAUGAUUCCACAUGAAGCUCAUGGAUCCAUUUAUGGCAAGAGGCCUGACAAUGGGCAAGACUAAGGUAAAAAAGGGAGCACAAUUGUAGAACAAUGAAAAUAUUGAGAACGGAGUUCCACUUUGCACUCUGAAAUAUCCUGAUCAAGCUUUGUGGGUUAUAAUACGGGAAAAACUCCAAGACCAUGAAGUCUAACCAGGAGCGCAGUAAUGAGUGCCUUCCGCCCAAGAAGCGGGAGAUCUUAGCCCUGGAAGAGAAGCAGGUGCUUGUGUCAGCUGCUGCCAGUGAGAGCCAGAGUGGAGAGAAUUUGGCUUGGUUAGCCAGCGUUGCUACCAUGGCUAGCAUGGCCCAAAUCCCUAACAAUGCAGGCCCAUUACGGAGUAACAGCAACGAGCCUGACAGCCCCCCACCAUCAAAUAAGGCUUGCACUGUGGUGAUGGAAUAUCCUCCAGUGACUACAUCUGCUGGUUUUUCAUUUCCUUCAAAUAGUUCAACGUACAGAGACGUCUUCUCUGGGCCUACCGUGCUAACAGCCAAUUCUGCUGUACUCUCCACAAGCCUUCAUCAAACCAUAGGCUCCGUACAGUAUACACAACUUCCCCCCAAUCUCCAGCUCAUAGGCCCCUAUACAAGUUAUAUCUCUUCUCAGAUUAUGCCAUCAACAUGUAGUCCAACACAGCCACGAAGGACACCGCAAGAGGUCUUGACCACCACUGCUGGCAUCUCCCAAGCUUCCAGCAUUCAGAACCUUGGCCUCCAGACCCAAGCUCAGGUUCUGCUCCCAGCCGACUACACCUCUCAUGACAGAGCAGAGCUGCAGACAUCAUUGAUGUUGGUUUCCAGUAGCCACCUUGCAGCAAACAGUAACCCAGAGCUCCAAAGUAUCUUGGGUAAGGACCACUCAUCUUUGAACCUUGCCGAGAGUGGAGGGAUCUGUCUACGCAAGCCAAUGUCCAGAGUGUCCACCCUUACGUCCUCAGGCAGCCAGGUGUCUCCAGCCUCCACACUCUUCCCACACACACUCCUGCAGGCUCCUCACAACACUCCCCAACAGGAGCUCUCCACGAGUCUUUACUCUGCCACACAGCUCCCUAUUAUUGGCUACAUCACCAAUGCUCCUAAUGGGUCCCAGCAAGCGGUAGCUGGUUACCAGAGCAACCUGCCACAGCAUGUGGUGAUCUCAGGCAGCCCCUCGCUGCUAAUUCCGGUGAGUGCCACUAACUUCAAUCCAUCAACUGCUGAACCGGAGGUCAUCCGCUGUUCUGUCAUCCCUAGUGCAGCCAAUGCAUCAGCAGCUUUGCCUCAAACCUUUAUCAAUACAGGACCACCUGCAGCUACAGCUUCAGUCUUACCGAAUGGUCAAGACAUCACAGGUUCUGAUGGAAUUCAUGCCCCCUCUGCCAUGCAAAGUCCAAACCAAGCACAGCUGCCUGUUGUGUCAGCCAGUGUAGUGGGACCUCCGGUCCCUCUAACACCUCCAACAUCCUCAAGCCCUCACAGCUCACCAUCAUCACCAUCAACAAGCCUACCACCGUUCUUCAUGAAGGGCUCCAUUAUCCAAAUGGCGGAUGGCGAGCUGAAGCGUGUGGAAGAUCUGCGGACGGAGGACUUUGUGCAGAGUGCGGAAGUGAGCGGAGAGCUGAAGCUUGACUCCAGCACUGUAGAGCGUAUAGAGUUCAGCCACACACCCAAUGCUGUCAUCAUCCAGUUCUCAGUUGGAGAGAACAAAGCACAGGUAUGUGUAGAGGUACUGGUGGAAUACCCUUUCUUCGUGUUUGGUCAAGGUUGGUCAUCUUGCUGUCCUGACCGCACCACCCAGUUGCUAGCACUGUCCUGUGCCAAGCUCUCUGUGGGUGAUGUUUGUAUCUCUCUCACCCUUAAAAGCCUGAAAAAUUGCCCUAAAAAGAAAGAUCACUUUUCAGACUCUGUGUUGAAACACAACCCUCAUUUGAAAGGAACCAAAAGCAAUGGGCUCACUGAGGAAAGACCAACCCAAGUGUCAGAUCUUAAAGGGGGGUGUAAAAUUACAUCAGGAGAGGAGAACAGUGUUGCAGGAACACUAGUUGAGACUCCCAAGCCUGGAAACAUUUUGACCCUAUCAGAGAAUGGAGGCGUAAACCCUCAAAAAACAUACACAUCUGGUGCUGAGAGAGCAGUUUGCCGCAAGAGGAGAUGGUCUGCUCCAGAGAAAGGGGAAACGAGGAGGUCACAGGAGGACCCUCAGAUUUUACCCAGAUUUUCCUUCCUCCCACAUCAGCUGAAGAUCAGCAUUGAGGGCCGUUCCAGCACAGGUUGCUGAAGGCCUUUUGAACACCACAGAGCAGUGAUGGGGAGUACUCUUGCAAAAGGGUCUAUUUCAAACCAAGAAAUACAUUAAUUAGCCUUACUCAAUUAAUUCAGACUUUGAGAGAUGACAAACAUUUAUAUGUUUUUGCUUGGUGUCCAAGAAAAUGCUUUUGCUUUAACCACACAGAGAUUCUAAACAAAGCGUUCCCCAAUACUGCCAUGAACCCAUUCUCAAUGAGCGACAAGGUAGCUGAGAUUUACUUUUUGGAACUUUGUUGCUUUCCUGUGACAUUCAUAUCCAGGUUACUGUAAUGUUGGAUCAUUCUACACAAGAAUGUGUGUGAUCAUUUGAGUUGUUGUGUCAUACAAGUAUGUAAUUAAUGCUUAAUCUUUCUUUUCAAAUCAGCUGGGCAUGACAAUAUUCAGUUGUAUAUACUUGUAUGUUUGUGAGUAUUUUCAGUUCAGUUUUUGUCUAGUGUCUAAUUUAGCCUCCUGGUAUGUGCUGAAUUAAUUCAUAAUCAGGGCCUUGAUUGCAUGUAGUCUGUUACAAGGAUUGAAGGCAAAAGGUUAACAGUGAGAUAUGUGUGAGUACUAAUAUGUAGUAGUUUGAUUAUCUUGACAGGAGCCACCUUCCUUUUGUUACUGCCCCAAUAAGCCCUUGCUUAUACAAAGUUGUUUGAGAGUGACAGGCUUUGAGUGAUUACUUUGAAUCAGACCUAGGUCAAGUAUAGCAUCAAGAUACAACAUUGAAUGUUGAAUGAUUUAUCCUUAUUUUUUUAUUCAAUUGCUGAUAGUCUUCUAGAUAUGCAAUACUGAGCUUUCACAUACCUCAUAUGUGCAUUUAACAACUAACCCAAUUAAAUGGCCUGAUCGGAUCUGUGAUCUUAGCUUUGAGUAAGAAAGCAUUAGAGAAGUCUUCACAUUGCAAAACAGUAAAGUCAACAUAUAAGCACUUUAAAGAAAGGUUAAGGGAAGUUGAAUGAAUGGAUGGAAACAUUCCCACCUCUGUUUUGUUACUACAGCAACGGACAGUUUUGAGUGCUGUAAGUAAUUUUGUGCAUUACUUCCCAUUUUAGGUGCAAAGCACUUUUCAUUUAGUAUUUUUCAAUAAUGAUGUCUUAACAUCAUUGUAAGUAUUUUGGUCUUUACUCAGUCCAGCUGCAAUAAUGAACGCUCUUUUAAAGUCAGAAUAAUCAACGUACAUCAGCAACUAUAUUUGUUGCAUCCUUGAUGUUUUUCAAAACAAGCAACACUUCAUGGGUUUUUCCCAUUCAGAAAUGGUCUAAUGAACAUCUGAUGAAGUUCACAUAAAAUGUUCCUACAUUUAAGAAUUUAAUUAUCUGUAAUCAGUGUAUCGAAGGAGGAUCUGGGCCAGUAGCAAGAAAGCUACAGUUAUAGAGUCCUGUUGUGCCUCUGAUGUGUCCUGGAACAUGCAGUAUGCUGAUAAUGGCCUAAACAUGGACACUUCUACAAAGGCAUUGGAUUGACCUGCAAAGUAGAGAUUCUGUAAAUAAAAAGAAAAAUAACAAAAAUCUGAAAAUUCAAAAUCCUGAAUGUUGAAUAAUAUCCUUAGAUUUUAGUUUCUACUUUAUUUUCUCUGCUCUUCUAUCUUAGCUGUGCUGGUCAUGUUAAACAAAUUCAAAUGAAUGAAUUUACUACAUUGCAAUUAUAGAUGGUUAUAUGACAAACUUAUUUUAAAUCAUGAAUACAACUGUUAUAUUUUAUUCCAUAAAUAAAAGCCAAGGAAAUAUUUUCACAUAAAAUAAUAAUAAUAAUAAUAAUAAUUGUGGGGAAAAAGUAAGAAAAAAAAAUAUCUUACGAACAUUUUCACUGACUGUUUAUACAUGAGUGCUUGUAUGAAUUCAGAAAUAUUCUUAGAAUAUAUGAUUUUUGCAAUUUGCACAAGUAGAAAUAUUAAAGUAGUUUAAAGCCGAGUGUAUGUAUGGAGUCUUAUAGAUAACACUUAAUAUCGCCAGCUCUGUGGUUCACCUAAGCUAUACAUUUUGAUAGGUGUGGUCAUAAGUGUGAGUUUUCAGUUUGUUGACUAACUUAAGAAAGGCAUUGUUGUGUAUCUAGGCCCUGGAGUGAGGCCCUCAAAAGGGUUAUAUUCAGAUGGAAUCACAAUUGACCUCAUGUUGUAGAAGUAAUGCUUGAUUGCACAUUCAGUCCUAUUUGGAUAGAUUUAUGCACUUUCGAUGAGAGAGGACAAUACAAGAGAAAUUAAAGGAUGGUUAAUUAGUAGCCAUGCAGAGCUACAAUAUGUUUAAUACAGUCUAUUGUAACAGUGAUAUUGGGAAGGCAGUAUAAGGCUCAGUGCUCUGACAAUAGACAAGAAACCAUAAUGAAAGUGUCAAUGUUUUUUGGAUUGUUCUUUGCAUCAAAUGUAUAAUUGUUCUCUCUCUUUCUUCCUGUGUUGCUAUGUACAUUUAGACCUAUCGAGAACUUCAUUGAAUAUAGUCAGGUUUCGGCUGAUGUUCCUUCAUCCAACGUGUGCUUUAUUUAUCAAUUUAUUAUAAUUUAUAUCAAAUUUGUAAACAUUUGUUAAAAGGAUAGUUCAUCAAAAAAAAAAUCUAAAUUCAUUUAUACCCUCAUCUUGUUCCAAACCUGUAUGACUUUUUCAGGCAGAAUGUAUCAGUUACCAUUCACUUUCGUUGUGUCUUUUUUUUUUUUUUUUUUGCAUAUAAUGAAAGUGAAUGGUGACUCAGGCUGUCAUUCUUCCAAACAUCUCCUUUUGUUCCAAGGAAGAUAGAAAGUUUGGAAUGACAUGAAUGUGAGUAAAUGAUGACAGAAUUUUCAGUUAUGGUAAACUAUCCCUUUAAGGCUGUCAACCACUUAAAGGUAUAAAAGCGUUAUAAAGAAUUAUAGCAUAAGUCAAACUGUAUUCUCAGGUUGAGAAACUGGCCCAAUGACUGUUUCUGUUCCUGUAGCUCAUGUGCUCUUUUGAAAAUGUGUUCAUAUGAGAAAUACACCAUUCUGUUGUAUCUACAAGGUUGGGCAUCAACAAAAUAUUAUAUAUCCAAAGACAGUCAGAUUUUACUGUAUGCAUGUAUGCAUAUAUGCCUCAAUGGUCCAUAGCCAGGAAUAGCUCUAGCAAUAGCACAAGGCCUCAUUAAGGGUUGGGAGACCAAACUUGACGUCUGGAGAGUGACUCAUCAGAACACACUCAGUCACUGAACUCAUUGUUUUUUUAAUAUUGUUGUAAAGGAAGUUCUGGGGUAGAUCUUUUACCUCCUGUUAAACCUCAAUGCCAGAGUGACACUUACUUUAAAAAAGACAAAAAAUAGCACAUAACUGAUUUAUCAUUUUCUUAUACAGUCAAUGUAAAUUACUAUAUUUGUGUGAUUUGUUGUACCUGUGAUAUUUUUCUCAUUCUUUGACAAGCUCCUUUUCUACAAACCGACACAAAGCAAUUAAGACAGAAGUCAACCUCAACUUUUCUAACUGUUGUGUGUUUAUGUGAACAGAGCAUCUGAGACUGUUCAGUGAAAUCAGUGAUCAUUUCUUUGGUGGUGCUUGCAAGUUUUUUGUUUUGAUUUGUAUUAAAUGAAAAGGAAUUAGACUUUUGGCAAUUAUGUCCUGUUCAAUGACUUCCUGUAUAGUACAAAUCUAUUGUAUCUGCAUAAUCACUCUAAUAAAAUACUGUGCCAAUUG